UAUCUGGUACUUCCUCCGGUCCAACACAGUCUCUCUGCCUCUCUUCACGGAAGCACAACCGAAGCUUUCUUUCCUGGGCUUCACCACCGAGCUCUCCACUGAAUAGAAGGCCAAUUUCUGCGUCGAAACUUUGAAGAUCGCAAUCCGUAUAUCACUAAAAUUUUGAGCCAGGAAAUUCUCUAGCCAGCGCUUGCGUGAGGUUAUACAUGCCUUAGAGGAGCAGAAAGUUUCUGCGUGCAUGCUUGCCUAAACGGUUAGAGGUUGUCAAUGAGCUAACUUCUAGGAAUCUACUGAUUGAAAUUAGUUGAGAGAAGUUGAGCAUUCUCAGUGAUUGAGUGUGCGAAAACAUGAGGCUUUGCAUUUUAUCCUGGCUGGCGCUGUCCUGAUCAAGCCACAAUCGCGAAAAGAAACUGCGGCGGGUGAAGAAAUGCUCCAGGAGAAUGAUAAUAAAGAAAAAAUUAACAAUGUUGAUAGAAAUGAUCCAAACAGCAGUAACCCUGCCUUUUCAUCAAUUUGUCCGGAGACUGAUAAUGACACUAAUCAGCAUAACAUAGUGCACAACAAUACUCCUGACGAUCCUCCAUCAACUCAGUAUUCCAGAGUACAUAUGGGGAUUGAUAGUGAUAUUGAAGCUGCCGCUCAGGAUGCAGUGUUACGUGAACAAGAAAUGGCUACCCAAACAAUCAUACGGAGCCAAAGAGAGGCAAGAAGUGUGGAUGGAUCACUUCGGGAUAAUACAGACCUUUUUUCUGAACGUCAUGACCCAAAUGCUAUCAAGGAGCAUCUAUUGAAGUUGACCACUGAACAUCGCUCUGAAAUCGCUUUGAAACGUGGGAGGUCUACCCUACCAGAAGAAGGUAACACAGAAAUUGGUAAUGGAUAUGGUGUCCCUGGUGGAGGUGCCUACAAUGGGGGAACGGGGACUAAUCUUUCUGCUGCCAUUGUAGGUAAUGGAAUAGGCCAGAAUACUGUGCCUUGUGGAGAGUCAGAACACAAGCCUGGAGCAAAAGAAUUACCUGAGUAUCUUAAGCAAAGGCUAAGAGCAAGGGGCAUCCUUAAGGACGAGUCAGGAAAAGGGGUUCCGAGGUUGGAAGCGACUUUGGCACGAGUCAUGGAAAAGACAAACUUGCCUUUGGGAUGGGUGGAAGCUAAAGAUCCAGCUAGUGGCGUUUCAUAUUACUAUAACGAAACCACUGGCAAUAGUCAAUGGAAGAGGCCUGUGGAAACAUCUUCUAUUGUUCAACCUCCGAUACAACCUCUUCCAGAAGAUUGGAUUAUGGCACUAGAUGAAACAACAGGUCAUAAGUAUUACUAUAACACAAAGACACAUAUAUCACAGUGGGAGUGCCCCAGCUCAUCCCAGCAAGCUAAAACUCAGCAUUUUGUCAACAAAGCUUCUGAAAAUGCAUCUAAUGUGAGCUGGCAUCUUCAACAAUCUGGGAUGCCAGGAGGGGAUCAAUCAUCAGACCUACAGAGAUGCAUGGGAUGUGGUGGGUGGGGAGUAGGACUUGUGCAGGUGUGGGGCUACUGCAAUCAUUGCACAAGAGUUCUUAAUCUUCCACAAAGCCAGUUUUUGACAGCAAAUGUGAAUAACCACCGUCAUAAUGGCAAUCCUGUAGAAGCAAAAGGGGAUUCUGACAGAAACACCCCCAAGCAGAGGUCCAAUUGGAAACCUCCGAUGGGAAAAGGAGGUAAAAGAGAGAGCAGAAAACGUGCUUACUCUGAAGAUGAUGAGUUGGAUCCGAUGGAUCCGAGCUCUUAUUCAGAUGCUCCAAGAGGUGGCUGGGUUGUCGGCCUGAAAGGAGUGCAGCCACGAGCAGCUGACACCACUGCCACAGGUCCUCUUUUCCAACAGCGUCCUUAUCCAUCGCCAGGGGCCGUCUUGCGAAAGAACGCUGAAAUUGCUUCACUAACAAAGAAAGGAAGCUCACAGUUCACUCCUAUAUCAAAAAGAGGGGAUGGAAGUGAUGGUCUUGGCGAUGCCGAUUAAAGCGUGUAAUUCAAAUGGUACGGAAGUUGAAUUUUGUUCUCCAGCGAGUCCGGAAAGUAGGUGAAUAUCUCUUAUAUGUAGGUUUUAUUUUUAUUUUCAUUUUUAAAAAAUUUUUUAAUGGGGUGAUUCAAACUCUAGAUGUCCUACAUCUAUAUAGUUCUUUGCUUUCUGUUUCUAGUCAAAGAGUAGCGUCCAAUAGUCAAGGUGAAAACUAUUUAUUGAUUAGUUACCAAAAAAAAGACUAAAUUUAGUUUGUAACGAAGUUGUAAUCCGGGUUGGCUAUUGCCAAGACUGGAUCAAUUAAUGCUUAUUGUCUAUAUAACGUCAAUAUCCAUUCA